UUGUCGUUUCAGCUUUCGGCUGGGAAGCGGUACAACAAAAAACUAGCGCCGCAAUUAGCGUCAUCAGCCGAGGGUACCUAUGCGCAAGCAGACGAUGAUGCAGGUGUGAGCUGUAAUCUUAAAGCGCAAUCGAUCAUCAGUCGUUGGCAUAGUUCAUUUGAGGAAUCCAUAGAUGACGGUGAACACCCGAACGGUGCUCAAUUGGAACGAGAAAAAUCCGAUAGUAGCAUUGGAACGCGAUCGCCACUGUUGCAUGAUCGAUACGCGCGAGUAUUUCGUAAGUUCCUUUUGAUCGCCUAUUUUGGAGCAAAUGUUCCUUCCAUCACGAGUCACGCGGUCGGUUUUCAACACCGCUACGGUANCCUAACGGACAGUUUGCCUAACGGACAUUUUGCCUAA